AGUGUCUUUGAUUCCUUGACAUGAACCAUGGAAUAGGAAUGUCUAUGGAGUUAGCAUAUUGUAAAGUCAAUAUGAAUGUGGAAUUGUCACGUGACGUUCGUUUAACGCUUUUUAAAACGGAAACUUUAGCAUUACACGUAUAUGGUGCAUUUGUUUCCAUUUAUUUACUAGUGGCAGCCAUGGUCAAUAAUCGGUGCAAAUCGAAGUACGUUCCAGUGCAGGUGGAAUCUCUGGAAAGAUGGAGGGGUUUGAGUACAACGCAACGUCCGGUGACUCACCUCUGGUGCUGCCACCUGUGAGGGUGUCGGCGAUGUCCGUCAACAGGACAGCUGGUGCCACCUGUGAGCCUGAGAUGGUACCCUCUCUGAGGCAGUACUACACCGCGAUGAACGUGGUGGGGAUGUCGCUGUUCUCUGCGGGGGCGAUGGCCGUGGCUGCGACUCUCCUGCUCUACGUGGACACCCUGCGGCACGUCAUCGGCAGGGCGCCCUCCGCCGUCAAGACGCACACGGCGCUCGUGCUCUCCAUAUACCCGGUGGUGGCGUCGGUGACCUACUGCGCUGUGGUGGUGCCGCGCGCGCAGCUGCUGUCGGAGGCGGUGACGCAGGGCAGCUUCAUGGUGUGCCUGUACCAGCUGUUCUGCCUGCUGGUGGCCUACUGCGGCGGUGAGGCGGAGCUUAUCCGGCGCGCCAAGCCCAGCUCCCUGGACCCAGCCGUAGGGCCCUGCUGCUGCUGGCCGUGCUGCCGGCUCUGCCUCAAGCCGGCCGCCGUCAACAAGUGCAACGUCCGCAAGCUGCGACUGUUGGUUCUGCAGCUGCCGAUGGUUCAGGGCCUUAUCUACAUGGUGCUGCUGGUCAUGUGGGCGGAAGAGGAGAGCCUGUACCAGGUCAACUACAUGUACCUGCAGCCGGUGGUGGUGCUGUCCAUCCUGUGCGCCAUCUGGGGGGUCUCGAUGACGCUGCGGCUGCUGGCUGAGCUGCUGUCGGGCCACCGCGCCCAGGCCAAGUUUCUCGCACUGCAAUUUGUGCUGCUGCUGGCCAAGCUGCAGGGGCUGUCUGCGCGGGCUGCAGUCUGGACGGGGCUGCUGCCCUGUCGGCCCCCCAUCACGCCUGCCGUCUACAGCAACUUGGUGUACAACUCUCUGAUGCUCGGUGAGAUGGUCAUCCUCAGCAUAUGGGCGCGGUCGCUGUACAAGAAGCCGCUUCCCGACAUGGGGCUGCCGGCACAGCGCCCCAUGGAAGUGUGUGUGCUCAGCAACCUGUAUCCACAUGUACUUUCCUCUCUCAACAACAACACAAUAACCUGCAAUAACAACAACACCGGUGCUGUUGAUAAUAACAGCAACAACAGAAAUGGCAGCUGUAGCAAUGGUGAAAGGAAUGAAGACGACUCUGGGAAGAGCUGAUUGGCAGAUUUUGUGGCUCACUGAGUGAUAGACAGUGAUGUGUGAUAAUGUUUUCUGGAACAGGUGAUGAAAGCCAUUUUUAUGGUGCUUAAGCCCCUGGGCUUUAAACUAGGGGGUGACAGUGAUGCAGGUUUAAUCUCAUAUCAGUGACUUAGUGUAACAUGUUCAACAGGAGAUGAACGAACAAAUGAGAGGGAGGCUCUGGACUCGCAGCCUGUCAUUGCCAACUGUUUAUGUUUUGGUCAGUACAUUCAGUUGAUAUUAGUGGUAUUAUGUUGGCAACGAACAUCAUAUUGCUAAGAUUUUUAAAAGUAGUAAAAGUCCAUAUUCUGUACAGUAUGUAGUUAUAAACAAUGUACUCGUGUCAAAUGCUAAAUGCAUUUCAUACAGUUGUAACACAAACAGCCUUGUGUAGUACCAAAAAAACAGAGUCUUUACUCUGUACAUGUCUCACUUUCUAUUUUGCACAAGAAAUUGCUGCUAGAGCCUAAUAAGAAUACUCUUCAUGACUGUUCUUUUGCUGCACCAAUGCACAAUAUGUUCAGGAAUUCUUUUUAAAAAAUAGCAUGUGAAAUGCAACACUUAUUGCUGUUGUAUAAUGUAAUGUCUUGACCAAAACAUCCAAUGAAUCACUAUAAACUACAACUACAUAUAUUUUAAAAAAAGAGUACCAGAAUAUUAAUUCCAAUUUUUUUAGCUACACUUAUCAACACCAUCAAUGCAUUCAGAAUAAUGUAUUCCAUAUAAUAAAACCUCGUGUUCAACAAGCAGGUAUCUGUCACAUACUAUUGUUAUUUCAAAUGCAUAACAUGAAAAAAUGAGUAGUAUGUUUUUUUACAUAUUUCAAUGAAUGAAAGGUGAUAAACCAAACUGUACAUCAAUGUCUCAGGUGGCACAUGGUUCUGUUGUACCAGAUAGUUUUGAAACAGAGAAAAAAUUCAUUCUAGAAAUAAUGCCUAGGCUAUGGCUGUGCCAUUUUUCAAUAAUCUUUCUUACAGGAGUGCUAGUUCAGCAAGACAAACAAGAGAGCUUCUGUGAAGUUUGAAAGGAAGAAGAGACUAAUGAAGCCAUGAGGGAAGGUCAGGAAUUGUGUCUGGAUAGCUCAGUUGUCAACAACCGUGGAAGUUAAGGUUCUGAGCUCUAGUCCUAUUCCAUCAUACAGUCUGUGUCUACCAAGAAAUUUUGGAUCAGUGCAAACUCCACUGUAGAGUCAAAGUCUUGUCAACCAAAACCUUUAAGUUGGUACUAUUUCAGUCACUGUUUCCCCUUCAACAAUUUUAUAAUAAAAUAUGCAAUGUACUGAAUCCCAGGCUGCUUUGAGAAUAACUUUAUACACAAGUGUCAUCUCAUUUGUUUCCCCAGUCCCGGUCAGACUUUAGCUGACAUUCCUCCCCCCCUCCCUCCACCAUCACCUCCCCUCCCUCUGGCUGUCUGUGAUCUGACUGGUAUGACAUGGGCUGCCACAGACUCCUCCCUACACUAGCCUCAUUACCUCGAAGCAGCAUUUGCAUCCAAUGUCCUCAAUUACUUGUUGGUUAUACUACAGUCUCUGUCAUCCCCUACAAUUUUACCAUGCUUCAAGGAAUAUGCAAGUUAUUCCCUGGUGUCUUGACACAUAUUCUAUCAUACUGUUAUUCCUCCUCAUCUUUUCCACAUGUUUCCUUCCCCAUUGAUUCUGUGAAGAACAUUCUCAUUCCUAAUCUUGUCAUUCUUCUGUAGCACCAUAUUUCAGAGAUUUCAGAAAUUUCUCUUCUCCUUUGGUUUUCACACAGUCUAUGUUUCACUAUCCUUCAAUUCUGUGCUCCAAAUGCUCAUUCUCAGAAAGUUCUUCUUCAAAAUAAUGGCCUAUGUUUGAUACCAGUAGACUUCUUUUGGGCAAAAAUGCUAUCUUCACUUUUUAUGUUGUCUUUGCUUCUGCCAGCAUGAGUUACUUUACUUCCAAAGUAAAAGAAGUCCUUAACUUCAUCUACUUCAUUGUUCCCCUAACCUCAUUUCUGCUAUUCCUCUUUUUUUCCGUCUUUGGUUUACUCCCUGUCCAUAUUGUGUGCUCAUUCAACUAUUCACUCCUUUUAACAGAAUCCUGUAAUUCUCCCUACUUUCACUGAGGAUAUCAAUGCCAUUGGCGAAUCUUAUCUUUGAUAUCCUUUCAUCCUGAAUUUUAAUCCCACUUCCAAACCCUUCUUGUAUAUCCAUCAUUGCUUCUUUGAUGUACAGAUUGAACAAUGGGGGGUGAAAGUUUACAUCUCUGUCUUACACUGUUUUUGAUCUGAGUACUUCAUUCUUUCUCACAUUUUUAUUUUUUCCCUUUGGUUCUUGUACAUAUUGUAUGCAUAUUACUCAUCUUUCUCUAUAACUUACAGCUCAUUUCUUGAGAAUUUUGAGCAACUGUACAGUGUCAAAUGCUGUUUCCCUUUGAAUGUUUCUCUGUUUAAGUAUGUCUUCCAAUAUUGAGCACUAAAGCCAACCUAAUCGUCACCUUACAGAUCUUCAAUUUUCUUUUCAUACAUUAUUCACAUCAGCAACUUGGAUGCAUGAGCUGUUAAGUUGACUGUGCAAUAGUUAUUCUUAUCAGCUCUUGCUAUCUUUGUGAUUUUGUGGAUGAUAUUUUUCCAUAAGUUUGAGGGCUUGUAUCCAUACUCAUAGUUUGUAGAAUCUAAUUAAAAUAGUCAUUUGGUUGCCCCUUCCUUCCCAGUGAUUUUCGAAAUCCUGAAGGAAAUUACAUUUUGGUACUGUCAUCUUUUGGUAGGACCUUUAAAACCCUUGCAUUUGAGACCCCUCGGGCCCUAAACCAGCCCUAAUCACACCAAACCAUCUGAACAAUGUACCACCAGAGCUCAAAAUAAUUUAAGGAGAAAACUUAAACAACUCAUUGAAUAGUAGAAGCAGUAAACUAUUAAAAGGCAUUUAAAGAAAAUUCUCAGACUUUGGAGCACUAGUCAUGACUGCCACACACACUAUCAUCCUAUCCAACCUGACUGACAGAGCAUAGUUAAACAUUAUUUGGAAGUAAAAUGCUAUGUACCUAAACCCCUGCUUCUUCCACACAUUUUUCCCAUUGUUACACAAACUUCUCAAUCUUGUUUAUGUGCCAUUUAAUGACUCAACAUCUCUACCAUUAUUGUAAAAUCAGAGUUUCUUGUAUGAGCCCUAGUAACAACUUUAGUGGCAAUGUAUCACUAUUGAAAAUUUCUCAGCUUUCAGAAAUUCUGAAUGAUGGAGAGACAUUUCUAUGUGAAAAUGGGGUAAGGUAUCGACUUAGUGGCUGAGUUCUGAAAUCUUCUAAUUGCACAGAGUACUGACGGAUGAAAUAUUGUUACCAUUCAUGGAACUAGUGAACAUGUAAAAGCCGUGGAUUCAAAAUUGAGUGUCCUGCAUAGUCCAGCCUUAUUGGCAUCUCUGUAUGCAGUAACAAAUUACAGUGAGACUUUCAAUAAUAGUCAUUUUUCAUAAAAGUAAGAUUUUAUUUUUACAAUUCAUUCUGUUUUAUAGAGAAAUAUGUUUGUUUUAAUGUACCAAUUAAUAAAUUGUGUAUUCAGAUAUUACAAGCUUCAGUUUAAGUAAUGCCACAACUAAGCCAUAAGUGAGAUAAAUACAACA